AUGCCUAGGUUGUGCCCCAGAAUAGUCAGAAGUGCUGCUAGGGAACAUAUUUUACUGCCGUUGCUACUUCCAGAAUGUCGGACCGUUGAACAGGCAAGACAAGAACUUCAAUGGAUUCAGAACGAGUUACCAACGAAGAGAUCUGUUGUGAGAGCAUGUAUUGCUCGAUCAAGACACGUACCUUUGCAGUAUAUACUUGGUACACAGCCGUUUGGAUUGUUAAAUAUUUGUUGUAAACCGAAGGUGCUGAUUCCUAGAUGGGAGACGGAAGAAUGGGCAAUGGAUUUGAUAAGGGGUAUUAUAAGGGCUGCCAUGCAAACCAAGAAGCCGAUAUUGACCAUUUGGGAUUUGUGUACGGGUAGCGGAUGUAUUGCAUUGUUACUUAGAAAGGAAUUGAGUCAACAGGGUAUCGACUUGGAGGUUACUGCCGUAGAUGUAUCUCCUGCUGCUAUUCAGCUAACCAGGGAAAACAGUAAGAAGUUGAAGAUACCAAUCCGAAUAUUGAAAUCUGAUAUUUUGAGUGAUCAACUACAUUUGCACACUAGGUCAGACCAACAAAUUGAUAUAUUAGUUUCUAAUCCACCAUAUAUCAAGAAAAGUGAUUUCAACAAAGAAGUGGCAAUAUCGGUAAAAUUAUUCGAACCAAGAUUGGCACUGGUGGCAGAUCUAGAUUUCUAUGAAAACUUGAUAGACCAAUGGUUACUUAAAAAUGGUAAUGUUGAGUCUUUUGUUUAUGAACUUGGAUCUCUUGUACAAUUUAAUUACGUCAAAUAUCGAAUAAAGUCACAUCCUCUUUUGAAAACUUACUGGAAUGUUGGAUUAAAAUUUGAUUCUAAUGGAAAACCACGUUGUGUAUAUGGGUUCAAGACAUCGAAUUCGUUUUGCAAAGAAAUUUUUAAAAACUUUGGUAGUCUAAUAUACAGGUCUACUAUUUCAAAAUAA